GAGGAAACAGAUGUUUCUUUCUGCAGAGAUGGUUGACGGUCACCUCCAGUAUUUUACAUGCUUUUUCUCAUUCAGUGCUGCUCUGCUGUUUGAGAUCCUCCUCUAUGGUAUGUUUGUCUUUGCUUUCCAAUACUAGAUUAGAAACUCUGGCAUUAUCGUGAACAAAUAAUGAGAGAGUGAAAAUGUGAUUAAGAAGAACUGUAAAUGAAAGUUAAUGAAUCUGUAUAAACACUGAUGUUCGAUUCAUAUUUUGUAUUCCCUAUAAAUAAUUUGUUUUGUUGAAUUGAAGAGAACUUCAUCAAUACGGAUAAUUUUGCUUUUGCAGCAGUUGCAAAUGAAGAAGUGACAUUUAACUUGAUCGGAAAUAAAAGGUACACAGCUCUGUGUGGUUUUUGCUGCUGCUUCACCACAGAAAAUAAACUACAGGAACUUCUGGGUCUCUAUGGUGAUAUUUGCCACAAGUACAUUUUGAAAUAAUGUUUCAAAGCUCAAUUUAUUUGAUAGGAUUGACUAAAACUGGACUUUCAGUGAAUGCCAAGCCACUGUACGUUCAUUUCAAAGUAUUUUAAAGUUACAAAAACAGCAAAUCAAAGGCACUGAUGACUUUAGCUAUCUGUAAGGAAGCAAACGGCCCGUCACUAAAAGGGUCAACACGUGUUAUAUUUUCUGCUUUCCACUUAUUUUCUUAAGUGUCUCAUAGUGUCACUGUCAACUUUGCAAUGACCAAGGUGACUUCGUUUUCUGCCUUUACUUUUCAGAUGUCGAGGCUCAGAGUUGUGAACACGUCUACCAUAAAAAAGUUGGAGACACUGUGGAGUUGCACUCAUGCUUGUCAUCAUUUGAAAACCUCACCAUGGCAAAGUGGAAAUAUGGACCGUUACUUAUUGCACACAAAUAUAAGGAUAUUGAUGAUGAAAAACAGUUUAAAGGCAGACUAAAACUUGAUCCCACAGACUUAAGUUUGACAGUGAAAGAUCUGACUCUGAAGGAUGCAGGUGAUUACCAUUUUAUUUCAGCUGGAAAAUCACAAAAUCCCACCAUCAUAGUCACUCUCAAGGUUUAUGGUAAGACGUCUUUUCUCUGUUUGGUCAAACUUGUUUUUUAUUCUUAAGACCUAAUUAAGUAUUUUAUCCCUCGACCAUGAAGCUACUCAACUAAAACUGCCAUUAUCCUUUUACUUCAUCAGUAUAUUUACAUUUACAUCUACAGUCUGAGCACAGUUAGGCAAUUUACUGUUAUGUCUCUAACUAUGUCUUCUCACUCUCUCUUUAGCGUCCAUAACUAAACCACCUGUUCUGACUGAUAACUCCACUUGGAACCCCCAAACCAACUCAUGUACAGUUUUGCUGGAGUGCAGCUCAAGUGAAGGCAAUGUCAGCUAUAAUUGGACUGUAGGUAAUCAAACCAGCAAUGGCUCCAGGCUGCAGCACAUCAUCACAGGGCUAGGUGUGGAGACUAACUUCACCUGCAUGAUCUACAAUCCUUUCAGUGAGAUGUCAGCCUCCAGAGUAGUGAAAUGCAGCAGGUGUGUGCAAAAGAUGGGAGGAUACAGAGAGCAGUCUCUUCUAGUCCAGAGUUAAUCCAAGAAAUUUAGUUUUUGGUUUUACUAUUGACUGCAAAACCUUAAAUCUUAGCAGGUGUUUUUGUGCUAAUGUCUUCUUAGCUUAACUUAAGUCACAUUUAUCAGACAAGCUUAGAAAAAAUGUAAUUUUUGAAGAAACCAAACACCAAAACAAGACCUGAAUUGCUUAGAAAAGAAAACUAAAUUGUAUUGAAAGUGUUUAGUAUCUUGAAAAAGUAAAUUUUUCGGAGCUUGUUGGGUUAAUGUGGUUGAAACUAAGUCACUUGCUGAGUUUUUGCAGUGUUUUUAAAUCAAUUUCUCCUAGAGUAUCUUCAUUUUUCCGUAACACUUCGAUAAUCAUGAGGACUUCAAGAAUUCUUGACGGUCACAAUCCAAAUCAUCUUUCACACUUUACACAUUAAACAUUUUAAGUUAAAAGCUUAAUAAUUUCGAUCACGUUUUUUGAUGCCAUCUCUUUUUUUAACACAGACCAUCGAUUGUUGCAGAGCCCGCCCCCUCAUCUCUUGUUGCUUUGACCGUCAGAACAGUUUCUGGAAUUUUACUGAUUAUUCUGCUGCUGUUCUUGCUGCUUCGCUGCACAAAGUUACGGGGUAAAAACACCUUUUACGAACACAGAUCAUUAAAAUUCACAUAAAUUCUUAAAUAAUGAAACUGAUCAUCGUCUUGAUUUUUCUGUUUCACAGCUCCAUGCCAUCGUAGGUAAGUUGAGUCUUCUCUUAUCCUCAACGUCAUGAUGACUACAUCCUAUUUAUUCAUUUAUCAGUCCUUUCUGGGAGUCCCUGAGCUCCAUCAUGCCGUAGGUGCCUCUCCACCUGUCCAUCUCUGUAUUUCUACAUCUCUUCUCUCCCCUCUCUAAACCCAAAGCAGUCUCAGCAGAUGAGUGUCCAACAUCAGUCCGGUUCUGUUUGAGGUUUCUGCCUGUUAAAGGAAGGGUUUUCUCUUCACAUGUGGUUGAAGAUGGGAUGGGAGUGGGUCUGCUCUUAAAGGAUGGGGAUAAAUCUGAUCCUGUCUAAACAUUGUUUUUGGGGGAAUAGAGUCCCGACCAGCUUUUUGCAAAGGGUCUUGGGAUAACGCUUCAUGUAACUUGGCGCUGUAUCAAAAAAGAUGACUAGACUGAUCCAUUUUUCUUGCUGUCACUUCUACAUUCAAGAGUCGACCAAUCUCAAACUGUUGAUCAAGAUGAAAUUCAGCAGCCAGUUUACUCCUCUCUUGUCCAUGGUCAGUCUUAUUUCCAUUGUCAGUAAUGUUUGUCAUCCCAGCACUUGUUUAACAGGCUGUUUUUAUUCAAGAAUUCAGCAAAGAAAAGAUGUUGUUAAAUGGGAAUAUCUCUGAUUUGUAGGUGAUGUCAGCCUCUAUGAAACAAUAAGAGGCUCUGAAAAUGCCCAAACAGGUACUGUAUGAACUUUAAACAUGGAGUUUUUCCAAAAAGCUAGUAGCCACAAUAUAACUUAACGUAUGUUUUUGCAGGUGGACAACCGGAUAAUGUUACUUCUCCAUCAGCUCACCAUUAGGACUUUUACAAGCUUGCUAGUAAGUACACUGAAUGAGACACUUUAAUAGCUGCAAGAUCCGUGAAAAGUUGCAGGUGUUUGUGAACAAAGGGAGCAACUGUCCUCAAAAACAAUGUGAUUUUGAGCUCAUGCAGUGAUUUCCACUGCAGAGUCAUGUCUGUUUUUAAUCAAGUUUCACCUAAGGGCUCCAAGAUCUUGGCUUUAUAGCAUCAGUUGUUGUCCAUGUCUCCUUUGUUCAGAAAUUUAAAUAAAGUUAAUUCACAAGUUUAUCGCCCCUGAUUGUUGUUUCAGUUGAAUAUCGGUCACACACUGGCUCUGAGCAAUUAUACGUACAUUUUAGUUCUUAAGAUGUUGGAUAUUGUAUUGGGGUGUUGUUGAAUAUCUCAAGUCAUUGUCUCUUUUUUCCUUUGCUAUAAUCAUACCUUUUCAUUUCCAAUUAAUUCAUCUUUAUAUGAUUUUUUCUGAUUUGUUUGCAGGUUCAUAAAAAGCACGUGCAUCAUCAACGAAACAGAAGAAUCUCCUUAUUCAUCACACUGACUUAUCUCCCAUUACAUAUGUUCAAACUCUGACAGCAGUUACUGCAUUGCUUGUGCACUGUGUAAAUAUUUCUUUUAUACUUUUUAAAAAUAUUUUUGUAUCUUUAAUCUUUUGUAUUCUGCUUAGUACUUAUUGCAUGUUAUUUGUACUUCUUUGGGUUGAGCGGUCCUUCUCAUCCAGGGCAUUUCAUUGCAUUAUUGACUAUGUUUAACCUGCAUAUGACAAAUAAACCAACCUUGAAUCUUGAAUCUUGAAGUGUUUUCACAACCAUACAUGUUACAUGGGCAGUUCUUACAAUGUGAACAGAACCAAGAAUAGUCGCAGGUUUAAUAUUUAGGAGUGUUUGCAAGUGGUGCCAAUGAAAAGAGUAAAAGAUGGUAUAUAUUAUAUUUCUCGCAGAAAGCUGAACCAAAAUAAGAACAAACUGACUGAAUAUUAAAUUUGUGGAUUGAAAAAUUAUACAUUAAUUCAACCAAAAAGCAAAGUCCCUCAUAUACCAACAGUUAGCAGUGCCUAUUUCGCAACAGUGUAUUCUUGUAAAUCUGCUUGUGCAUCAAAUUGAUGAAAAAUCUUCCAUGGCAACAUCCUCUUCUGUUGAGUCAACCAUCUGCUGGAUCCUCUAUAUGAAAAUUGUGCCAUCUUCUGGCUGAAGGCCUCAUUUCUGUGAUAAUAUUUGAGUCAAACUGGUGAUCAUCUGAACUCAAGCAACUUGGCAGCUGAACUGUGACACCAGGAACUGAGAAAGUGGUCACACCUACAACAGGUAAUGACUUCAAGUUCCGCGUACAAUUACAAACACAAGUUACCAUGUGGCUUUAAACUCAUAUUGUUGAAGUCUUUUCAGUCUUGAUCUAGAAUAGUGGUCUACGUAGACACUAAUGGAGGAUGUCAGUCAUAUUUUACUCUGCUCAGUUUUUCUCUGCUCAGUUUUUCUCAUGCAGCCAUUUUUAGCCACUUGGUGGAGCCAUGUGGUUUUAUUUUCUGUAUCUUGACACACAUUGGUUCUUGUGGUUCCUGUACUUCUAUGCUACUGCAGAGACAAAGGCAUGAGCAUUUUUAAUGAAUUCAUCUAUAAUGAGCGAUUUAUAAAUUGUCUAAGCAAUUUACAACCUCAAACAAAUAAUUAUUUUUAUGCCAAACCAACAUGAUGUCACAGUAUGAAGGUAUUGUUGUAUCAAUUGGCUCAUUUCAAGUGGAUUUACCCAAUUCAGUGUGGGGCCGGAGACAAAAAAGUCCUUGUCUUGGUCACAAAGUGAAGACCGUAGCGUUUAGCAUUUUUCAUCUAAUUACGUUACAAAGAUAAGAAUCGCCACAUGCCAGUGAUUUAGGCUUACAUUCAGACAAUGUGAGCCAGCCAACUCAAUCAUAUGGAGAACAGUGAAAGCUUUAGAUUUGUAAUGAACCUCAGAGCUCUACGGUUAACAGUAUCCUGAGAGUGAAGGCUCUGAGACGAUGCGCGCAUAUACAAAAAUAUACCACAAGUCUUUUCUUUUCAGCAAAGAAAAAAAAAAACAGGACUUAUUUCUGACGUAGAAGCACAGCCGUACAUUUAACUUCUUUACAAGUUGCUGUAUAUGAAGUUAACGGUAAUUAUCGUCUGCAUACAUUUGAAAAUUUGCAUGUUACUACAUAAUAAAUUAUAUUUUGUCUCACUAAGCCUAUUUUACUCAACUAUUCAAAUGAGUGGCCUGGACUUGUUAUAAAUACUACCAUAUACAUAAUGAAUUUAUGCCUAUGUACAAAUCUUGGCUGUUUGUGAAAAGAUAAAAAGACCAGGGGUUUGUAGUAAACAUGUCGGUUACAUCUUUGUUCUGUUUCUUUAUUGACUCACUGGGUAGUGUCACUUACAGUCAGUGUAUCACUUCUUCUUUCGAAAAAUGCCCUCAAACACGUUGCUGUUCCUAGAAGCAAGACCCAAGUCAUACAGCUGUUUGAUCGUUAAGAAUCGUUCAAAGUAAAAACUGGACACUAACAAUAGAUUAGAUGAGGUUUGUUUGAAAAAUUUCAAUUCCUCUGAUUUUUAAAGACACCAAAUUUAUAUUUUUGCUCUUAAACUCCAAGAGAAACUCUGAACAAAAUACUCAAUAAUUUUAUUUCCCCAAUUCUGCUGGAUAUGAAAGUCAUAUUUUUAUCAGACUUAAAUGUCAUAUGAUACCAUGUCCUUGCUUUUACUAUUACCUACCAAAUUAAGGAGUGGUCUCUGCAUCUUUUAUUUUACCUCCCACAGAAAAGUUAACAAGACUAAAAGUCUAGAUCCAGGUUGAAAGUUAUGGCAAACUAUGUUAGCAUAUUAGCCAGUGAAUUCCAAGAACCAAACCAGUUCCUGAGGUCAGCUCAGGGUUAGGAUGACAGAAGUGAAAAAGACUUUGUACAACACAAAACUGAAAAAAGAAUUGCAGCAAUCCAAUAAAGAUUUCUUCCAUGGAAGUAUAGACUUUAACCUGUGGAUCAUCAAACUGACUAGAAUUAAUUAGAAGCUGAUUAAAAAGUAGAUAAAUCGUUGAAUCAGGCUCUUACGGUACUGGAAAUGGUACUUGUUAUUCAGGAACGUCUCCCAGUAAAUCAAGAGUCAGACUAAAACCAACUUUUAUUUAUCUAUUUAUUUAUUUGUCACCGAAUGUAUUGACAUGGGCAAAAUGAUGUUGGUUAUUGUCGUAAAUUUCGGUAUCGGUAAAUAUUCGGUUUAUCGCAGAGAGAGAAAGUAUUGCUCUUCAAUUAAGGAAAGUGUUGGUUCAGGCAGGCCACAACUCUUAGCUGACUCCAGUGCCAGUUUUGUAGUCACUUCCCACUAAAAAUGUAAACCUUAAGAUUGUUCCACAAAAAAACAACUUAUCCAAACUUGAAUGCCACUUUCCCUUGGAAACAAAUUGACAGCCCCAAAAAAGAUGCUGACUGUUGUACUCGAGGAUAAAUUAAAAGUUUCUGAGAUCGUCUGACAUGAUGCAUUGAGAAAAGUUUCAUGACAUUUCACCGGUGUAACAUUCAAAGAUGUAGUACAAAAGCUUUACAGUGAGAAAAUGUGGUGAGUAAACUCUCCGAAUGACAGCUCUCGGUUUCGGCUUUUGCGUUGUUUCUAUUGCAUUGUGGGUGUCACGAUAAACAGGCCUCUGUGGAUUUCAAAGUAAAUUCACUGUGGUCACCCACAUUGCAUGGCACCCACACAUAAACACCCUGAGAAGCAGGUCUUAUUGGUCAUGCUGUAUCUACUUUGUCAAACACGAUCAGGUAAAGAAAAAAAGUGCCUCUGCUCAUGCACCAUGAAGUCUUAUCACAUUUUUGCAAAGUUAAAAGUAAAUAUCCAUUAAAUAAACCUCCUCAAACAUUAAACCCUGUAAGUAAACCUGAAAUCUUACUUCGGGGUUGAGUUACUGUGAGUGACCAUGUCUACUACACUUCCUUUGUACCCUUAGCAUAUGAUAAACAUAAUGUCAUGAUGAACUUGUUAAUUUAUUCAGUGAUAUAUGGUGAUCAUGAGACUACAUCGUAGUUACUUCCUCUUUCACAGUAGCAUCAUUAUUCACAGCUAAUGUGCGGCAAAGAUAGCCUUUAUCUCGAUAACAGGGUAGUUUACUUCCUCCAAGGUUCAAAAAUAAACAGUAAAUUCUGCGAAAAAUUAAAAACAUCACAGACAUGACCGUUCAAGCCCUGACAGACAAAGUGCAAAGCAAACUGCAAAGACCGAUAGUGCUAAUGACCCACUUUGGAGGAACAAAAGUAUGAACAGCUAUCACGUGUGCAGGAUGUUUAAAGGGUAAGGACAAAAACUUUUAAGAGGGAACCAUUAUUCAGAGAGACAAAGACAUAAUGAUAUACCCUGAGUACUGCCAGUGUAGAGGUAUAAUGCAAGAUUCCUGUGAUUUGGGUUCGAUUCCUGGGCAGUGCAUGCAUCCUCAUCCAAAUGAUGCAAUCCAAUUUUCAGGGACCUCAGACUAAAAGGUGCUGACACUCAUCCCAGCCAGUUUGCACCUUUUUAAAGACCAUCCCAAUGCCAGUUGGAGGUUUUCUCCGCAAGGUUUCAAUCAAGAAUUUAAAACCUGCCAACACAACCACAUCGUCUGCAUAAAGGCCUUGACGCUUAAGGCCUGGCUUUGCAAGAGCCUUUGGAAAUUCACUGGCAUCCCUGACCCUUGCCAAAAUAUCUCUGAGUGGCCCUGAAAUCUGUGCAUUUGCAGAUUUUUUCCAUUGAAGGGAACCAGGCGCUGCUGGUGUAGUGGUAUCAUGCAAGAUUCCCAUUCUUGUGAUCUGGGUUCGAUUCCCAGGCAGCGCAUGUAAUUUCUGAAUUUCCAUAGGGUACUAUUCUUUCUAUGUACCAUCAUCCAAAUAGAGUAAUCUGCUUUUCCAAAUAGAUUACCAUGGUCUCAGAUUUAGAGUUGCUGACCCUCAUCCAAGCCACCAUCCGAGUACCUGUUGUAGCUCCAAUCCUGAAACCCCACUAGAACCGCUUAACAACCACAUCAUCCUCACACAGGAGCAGCGAACUAGUCAACCUCAAUGCAAAAAUCUUGCAGAACUUGUGGGAAUUUACUGGCAUCCCAAAACUUCUCCAAAAUAUCUAAGUAGGCUUGGAGUCUAUUUUCUGCAAUUUGGCCACCAGGUUGAAAGAGUAAAAAGGUAAAAGUUGUGAUGAUGGGACGUGGUUAAGUCCUUUCUGCUUCAGCAUCGUCAAAUGUGGACGACAGAUUACAUUAUCUUUUCCCUUUAAUUAUUAAGUGGGUUAGAAAUGACUGUAUGCUUAAACAGUGGAUCUGGUUAAUGCAUUUCUCUUGGACUGAAUUUUUGUUACCGAGUAAUGUUCGCCUGUUAUGUUUUCUUUUUGAUUUUGUUGUGUAUCAUCAUGUCAGGCCAGGUCAAAUGGCUCUUCUGCUCGAAAGGAACCUCCCCACUCUCCGCCCCCUCUAUUUUCAUGUUCAGAGCUAACUGGCAGCAGCACUUUUGAUAGACACGUAGAGGAAACAGACGUUGUUCCUUCAUCUGCAGAGAUGGUUGGUGGUCGCCUGCACGGCCUGAGCUGCUUCUUCAAAUGCAGCGCAGUGCUGCUUCUUUCAGUGUGCUUUCAUGGUACGUACACCUCUGCUCCUCUUUUUUUUAAAAACUUGACUGUUAUUGGUAUCGUUAUUUCAAACUGGAUGCAUACUACUUUCAUGCACUUCGAUUAUGUAGGUCAAGAUUGCACAAUUGGCUGGAAGCAUACAAGUCAGGGUAGGAAAUGACGUUUGUUUCCAUGGAAGAUAUCUGCUUUUGUAAAGCUUAAAAGCAAAGUGACAUUCAAGUAGAAACUGUGAAGACUGCAAACAUGACAUUUUAACUAGUUAACUAAGCACAAAUUUGGGUGUGGAGACAUUCGCCUUAAUGACAAAUUUAACACACCAGAGUUGAAAUAUUUACUCUUCGCUUAAGUUGCUUACCAUUCAUCUUAAAUGAAACUAAAUGUUCUUGUUGUGCUUGACAAGGAAGGAAAAACUGAGCUUCGCUGUGGUGAAUAUUAAGCAGAAUCUGGUUGUGUAUUUAGUCAUGGAGUGGGGACUGUUUUUGUAGGUCAGCAAGUUUUCCGCUGCUUCUGCUAUACUGAAACUUUCUAAACUUUGACACAUCGCAAGACAAGCUGAUCCUUUCUGUGUCGGGAGCUUCCUCUUUGUUUUUCAUUUUCACCCAUACUGGUUUUUGUUUAUUUUUAUAAAGCAAAUUGUUGUCACUAUAUAAUUAAAAUAUGGUUUAAUUCUGAUCCUCAUAGCUGGCUAUACAGUACAUUUUUUUAACAUUUAAACAGGAACAAGGGGUGAGGUCCUUUUCCCGUUCAGACAGGAACAAGGGAGUGCAGAUGUUUCUAGAGAAUUUGCAGAAGUAAAGCGGUACAUGUGAGGGUUUAUUAAACACGUCAAUGUUCUAUUGAAAGUUCAUAAAUGGAGACCAUAAUUGUUUUAGCAUUGUGUCACUGUUUCAAUAUGCGUGUGUACACCUAUUGAGGUUCACCAAUAGCCUUUCACAAGAAGAAUAGCCGCAUGAUACUAGGCACGUUUCGUAAGAAAUUACCGCCACCAGUGAAGAGCAGUAUAGGUUUGCACUAUUGUUUGUUAUACUGAGUCUGUGGUUUCCUCUCUUUCCUUUUUUAAGUCAACAUUAGCUGGCCUGUAAGUUCAAGCAUACCCACGUUAUUAUCUCCAAAUCUGACUCAAGACAGUGUUAUCUGAUAUUUGAUUAUCUCAGGUGAGAGAGCCUUACUUACUGUGGUUAACCAAAAGUUUGCUUCAUUGCUCAAGGAAACCAGCCAUGAGGGGAAGUUGAUUUCUCACAACUCCAUGCCAUCUGGGUUUUUAUGACGAUGAUUCACCUGCACUCUUUAGUUUUAUCAAACCAAAACAAUCACUUACAAAAAUAAUCGUGUGUCGUCUGCAUAUAGUGAAAAUGUUCUGCAUUUCCCCCCUUCUUUGUUGUCCAACUUCGUAAAAUCUUGCACAAGGAAUUUUUGCUUUAAAUCAAUUUUGGCGCUCCUCUCUGUGGACAAAGUGAAAACAGGCCUGUGUCUUCAGCUGCUUGUCGGGAACCUACCCCUUCACACCAGCAUUAGGUGUUAAAUUUCACAAGAUACAAAUCUGAAAUCUUGUCGCUCACGCUCGUGUUUGCUUUUGUUUAUCUUCAAAAGGCAUCAAUAUGUAUUUCAUUGUAUUUUAUAAAGGUGAAAAAAAAUUCCUCAGGAGUUUUAAGUUGCAGUAAAUGAAUUUUGAAUUACUGUAUCUUCUGUUUUGAUCCUUUAGUUAGACAGAAGUCUGAGAACUGAAACGCAAACUUUGCAAACCACACCCUGAGUCUUUGAUAUCCAGUUUGUGUCUGAUACUGUUUUGAAAAGGCUGAUGCUGAUGCAUUUGCUGUUUAAAUUGUAACAAGGUGGAAGGAAGGCGUGUCACUUCCGACCGUAGCAGAGUAAGGAUGUUAACAAGAAGGCUUGGAGAGAAGGGGCAGCUGUAGCUCAGUACAAGAGUCGGAUGUCUCAGAAUCAGGAGGUUGUGGGUUCAAUCCCAGGUCCCACUGUCCACAUAUAGUGUCUUUGAGCAUUAGAUAUAUAUAGAGAGCUACUAUUAAUCUGGUCUUAACAUGGGUGUAUGAUCAGUGUCUUUAAAUUGUCACUGAGAAAAACUUAAUCAGAUUUCAGUGUCUUCAGCUGAUGUCUUUAAAGAUAUUUUUCAUAAACAAAUACACAAUAGGUUCUUGUUUUUAAUUUUUGCUCAUUUUAAUCCAAGUGUCACUUGUUGUCUCAAAUAUGAUAUCAAUCAAAUUUAAGGGAGAAAUAAAGCUCACUUCAGUAAAAUUAUACUUUGUGUCUGUGUUUCAGAUCUGGAGGCUCAGAGUUGUGAACACGUCUACCAUAAAAAAGUUGGAGACACUGUGGAGUUGUCCUCAUGCUUGUCAUCAUUUGAAAACCUCACCAUGGCAAAGUGGAAAUAUGGAGGGUUAAUUAUUGCAGACAAAAAUAAGGAUAUUGAUGAUGAAAAACAGUUUAAAGGCAGACUAAAACUUGAUCCCACAAACUUCAAUUUGACAGUGAAAGACCUGACUCUGAAGGAUGCAGGUGAUUACCAUUUUAUUUCAGUUGGAAAAUCACAAAAUCCCACCAUCCUAGUCACUCUGCAGGUUUAUGGUAAGAACCUUUUGUUUUUUUGUGUUUGAAGUGUGAAAUAACUUUAUGAAAACAACCACUAUCAGAGCCUGUGUCCACUGACAGCAUUUCUUUGCAUUGCUAAGCACAAAAACACCUUGUUUAACACCUUGGUUCAACUUUUGAAACAAUGGCAGGAACACCAUCAUUACUGCUUCCUAACCAUCCAUUGAAAGGUAGAGAAGAAACCAUUUGUGGUUUAUCACAUGCCAGACCUGUUUUUCAAGGGUUUGAUUUCUACAUCUAGAACUAGUCCUGAUGUCAGGGCAAAAUACUUUCAAAUUUUUAAUUUCCUUGAACAAAACCCACAAAGGAGUUCAUAACUAACUUUAAGAGCACUGUGAAGAAAAGUAGUGGGACAUUGUUUGUAACCUAUGCAACACUCAGUUUAGAGCUUAAAAUUCAAAUUUGUGGGUGCUGCAAAAGAAAUGCUGUUGGUGGACACAGGCCCUUGACCUUUUGUUCUUUUAUGAAAUUUAUUUUCUUUAAAAUGUUAAAGAAACAAAAUCUGCUUAAGUCUUGAUAUAAAUAUUUUUUACAUUUGCUCAAAUCCAUAAGAAUGAAGACUUUUUAAACAUUCAGUCUGAUAAUUUGGUGGCCAUUUUUACUGUCUUUUGUACGGUUUUUCUUGAAGUGCUGAAAACAUGGUUUCCAUAAGUUAUUAGAUAUUCUUCAUCUCUUUUUUAAACUCUGGUUGACUGAGUGAAAUCAAAUUUCUUUUUUAAGAAUCAGUUGAAAAGUUUAUCUAAAUUUAUAACUAGGAUUUGAACGAUUUUGAACUCAACAGUUCGAAUGUAUUUCAUUUACUCAACUAUAGUUUUUAUGAUGGCCUAAUUCUGCCAGAUACACUGGUUGGUGUUUCUUGUUUACAAACAGCUUAUUUCUCCUUCACUGUUUUCAGUAAAAUUGUCCAUCCCUCCUUUAAUUUCUGGGUUUCCUCAUUAGAGUCCAUAACUAAACCACCUGUUCUGACUGGUAACUCCACCUGGAACCCCCAGACCAACUCAUGCACAGUUUUGCUGGAGUGCAGCUCAAGUGAAGGUAAUGUCAGCUACAACUGGACUGUGGGGAAUCAAGCCAGCGAUGGCUCCAGGCUGCAGCACACCAUCGCAGCACAAGGUGUGAAGGCUGAGUUCACCUGCAUUAUCUACAAUCCUGUCAGUUGGAUGUCGGCCUCCAAAACACUGGAAUGCAGCCGGGAUACACAACAAAUAGUACCACAAGGUAAAAAGCAGGUCCAGCAAAGUUAUGAUGGAUAACUAGUUCAAACAUACAGCAGUGACCUCUUUAAGACUCCAUCAUGGUAACUGAAAAUACUGUCAUUUGCAGGCCCAGUAAACAGUUUGAUUCUCAUAAUUGUGGGUGGAUCCAUACUGGUGAUUGUUAUCAUUACCGGAAUAGCUGUGAUUUGCCACUGCAAAAAAAUUAAAGCAGGUAAGAGUUGGCUCACUUUUUUCAUCCUUUUCAGAUGUGUCAACUCACGUAAUCUUUGAACAAAAAUGUAUAUGGCAACAUGGCUCAUUUCUAACCACGCAACCCUCUGGUAAUAGAAAGUGAAAUUUCAGGGAAGAGGAAGUCCUAUUUUGAAAACUGGUGCAGACAGAGGGUGGGGAAAAAAUGAGUCAGAGAGCUAACGGCGGUUUGGGAAAGUGCUUUUAAAAAAAACCUGGUCAUUAAAAUGUGUCAGAAAACUUCCAAGAAAGUCAUUUUCUUGUCCUUUAAGACCAGUGUUGCUUAUGCAUUGAGAGGGGUGAGCAAGGGAGCUGUAUAGUCUGGAUCUGACCACAUUUAACAGGCUUUGAUGGCAAACACUGGCUUGACUGACAAAUAGUUUGAUUUGAAAACAGUGAUGAUGUUUCUUCCUUUUCAUACAAAUGCUUCACUUCCACGUUUCUACAGUAGCUUAGGGCAGACAAACUAAAUUUUAAAUUUAGUCAGUGACUGCACAAAAUGCUCUGGCAAAAGAAAGUGUAGCUGUUGAUUGACAUUUUGAAGAUAAAACUUGACAAGGGAGGGAGCAAACUCACCAUGUAUCACAGGAGCUUUUUGUCCUCAAAGGCCACUGUAGCUUCACUAACAAGAGGGUUGAGCAAGGGAGCAUAUCUAUCAAUAAUAGCUAGAUAUUGCUCAAUAUUUCAAACUCUGCACACUGUAAUGGACUAUGACAGCAAAUAACACAGAUACUUUGAUUUUGGUUGGACUUAACAUGCUAAUACAGUGGUGAACGGUGUCGUAGAAGGAAAAAAAUCAACACGCAUUCACAAAUUUUCACACACUCUUCAACUGUAACUCAUGUUGAUCAUCAUCCUCUUCAAGAAGACACUUCACUGUGACAUUUCAGAGUGAAACUCUCAAAAGUGACCAUUUUAACCGUCUUGUAAAAUAUCCCAAAAGCUCUUUAAUGGCGCUGUCAUAUACUCAGGAUGGCAAUCUGCGACUGUAUGUAGCAUCAGCAAGAACUUUUAAUGUCUUUCUUGAAGACUCCAUAAUCAGGCAACUGGACUGUGUAGAGUUGAGAAGACGUUUCGACUCUUAUCCAAGAAGCUUCUUCAGUUCUAAUUGUCGCUAGUGUGAGGAGCACUAGCAACAUUUAGAACUGAAGAAGCUUCUUGGAGAAGCUCAACUCUACACAGUCCAGUUGCCUGAUUUUGGAGUCUUCAAGAAAACCAUGACCUGGAUGAAUGAGAAUCUACAUGGACAACUUUUAAUGUCCUUAGAUUGCUGUCCUGUGACUGUCCAAAACAUUACAGACUUUAAAACCUCAUUUUGACCACUAUAGCACUUUCAUGUUGGUUGGUUUUGAUACUUUUACAUAGAGAAGAAGAUCCAAAAAGACAGAAUAUUACACUUUCCCUCCUAUUAGGCAAUUUUUAAUCCUGUUUUUGCAUUAUUAUUGCUAACUCAAUUUUACCUUCUCAUGUGUUUCUUUAUUGAAAAUCACCCACAGACAACAACACGCUCGAUAACACCAUAUACGCCGACAUCACUGAAGUAGCGACUGAAGAUGUAAGUGAGCUCAUGUGGUUAUUGUUAUUAAAUAAGCGUUCACUUCAUGUUUGAUAGAUACUUCAGUUUCUAUUGUCUUCAUUCUGUUGUGCAUGCUCCUGUUACUUUACAGGGACCUACAUCUACAAUGAAGCCAUGCUCAGUGUAUGAAACUAUCCAAGAUAAAGAAAACCAAGUCAGACCUGAGGUAGGGAUCUACUUCGUAUGUCUUUUUUCUUUGUUUUCUCUUGCGCUCGUGAGUUUCUGUGUAAGGGGUAACAUUUACCGAGUGGUUUUACAAAUUAGACUUCAAGCAGAGAGCUUUUAACUGGUUGUGAAACAGACUAAAAAGGAUUCAGAGAUCUUGUGACUCCUGCCCUGCCAUUGCUAGAAUAUAAUGGGUGGUGUAGCACUUCCGAUUCCGUUGACAGGCAAUGACGCGCCGAUGGUGACAGCAGAGGUUGAAAGUUCAUCAAAUUUGGUGAGAAAUGCUAGCAGUGGUUCUUAGCAGCCUUUAGUAGCAGGCUGAUGAUUCUCUGUUGUAAUUUUUAGUGUCUUUAACCACUUUGAGGGGGUGGGUGUCAGACCAGAUGAUUUACAGGAAGAUGAAGUAACGGCAUUAGUCACUUUUUUCCAUGACAGUUACUAACAUUGAGUCAAACAUCUCACUGUUCAAAGACAAAACCUGGCUUAGUGCGGACCAAGAGAUGAGGGGCAUCAAGACUUAAGAAUUGUACGCCCCCACUAUGCUGCCAUUGUUUGGUUUCCAGGACACUAGUUUUGUGUUCGCAUGUUGCCUUUGCAAAAGCGUGAAAAGAUGUCAUGUUGAGUUCACCGCAGUGGAAACACACAGUUUAUACUUGACCACCACAUUCACACCCUUUCUCUUUGCAUACCAACUUCAUAGCAAUGUGGGUACCUAAAAGAGGUCUCAGAGAGUGUCACAGAAGUGAGUGGGAGAAAGGCUUGAUUUGUGUCUCUAUCCUCCCAUUAUGCAGAAAGUUGAAGAACUCAAAGUAAAGGACUCAACGGUAUAUUGAUAUCGUCCUUACAGUCAGAGCCGGCCCAAGCCUCAAUGGGGCCCUAAGCAAAAUUUGAUUUUGGGGUCCUCUGUUUCCGCCAAUAAUAUUGAUUGUGAUCAUUCACACACCCUCACAAAUCUCUUUGAAGGAAAUGUCCUUUUGUCGACAUUGUUUUGCCCCACAUCUACCUACGCUUUGGAUGCUCAGUGCACAUUGCACAGCAGGAGGCAGAUAACGGUAGUGGAGCUUUGACAUAUCGACAGUAAGAAUCAUAGGCCUACAUCAGCAGCAGCACUAAAAUGUCUUUAUUUUAUUUUCACAAUAAUAUUUGAUCAGACAGAAAGCAUCACUCAUACAUGCAAGAAAUAAAACUUUUUAUUAUUAUUUUUCUUUGAUUGCUCUUGGGGGGCCCCCUACUGGCUGUGGUGCGCUAAGCAGGUUCUUAGUUCGCUUAUGUCUUGGGUUGGCUCUGCUUACAUUAUGGUCAAAUUAGCAACUGUGGUGCGUUAUACCUCUGUAUUACAGACAAAUGUAAUCUAGUUACAUCGAUGCGUUAAUCAAACUCUGGAUGUGUGUAAUCAGGUUAACGCUGGUGUUGCCUCUGCUAAAGAGAAUUAACCACUACUUUAUGGUGUUUGGGCCAAUCAGAAGUAGGAAAUACAAGAAUAAUGUGUGUUUAUUCUUAUUUAAAGCUCCAGUGAGGAGUUUUUGGUAUGAAUGAAAUAGAAUUUUUGACUUAAAAUGUUCACAAUUUGACCGUCAAAAGCCAGCCAGGACUUUAAGCAGCAAGGACAAGACAAGUAAAGGCUGCUCUGUCCACAGGGGGCGCCAAUAUUGACAUGAACCAAAAGUUGCUAACAGAAGCUUUAAAACCCCAAAAGUUACAAAUAUCUUACUCCCAUCCAGGAUUAAGAGUCGUUGGUGAAGCUAGCCAAACUGAUUUCUAAGAUGUAUCUGUGUGGAAAUAACAUAACAAGUGACUGAGAUUGAGAGGAGAUUUUAGACUGAUUGUGACACUGAUGUUUCUGUUUCUGCCUUCCUCUCAUCCAGCCCCUGACCAUCUAUGACAAGAUCCAGCUCAGCCGCAUGAGAAAGCCCUCCGUGUCUCCCUACCAAGAGGUCUCCUAGAUGGCACGAACUUUUAGAUUGUCCUCAAGUAAAAAGAAGAAAAUAAGAUCCACGGCUCAAAGCUUCACAAAAACAAAGCACAAGUCAAAAGUACUUAAUGUUUAAACACCACAAAGUCACGCUACGAGGUGGGAACAGUUUUCUGUCAGUUUGCACCAAUUAAACACACUUGUAAAUUGUGUAAAUAAAGAGAUUAUAUUAUCAAAAUGUUAUGUUUUUUUACUCUUGGUCACAUAAAGUGCAGCACAUUUACUAUGAAUUUUUUAGUAACUUUUUAGCAUUUGAUAGUGAUUAUACUUUUGUCAACAUCUCACUCUUUUGUAAAAGAAUAAAACAAUCAUUUAAAUUAAAGACUUUAUUGCGGCUUGACUAUUGAAACCUGAAUAAAACUGCACUGAUUGAGCUUCUGAUGCAGUUUCAAAAUCCAGGUCCAGAUCAAAAAACGUUUUUGCUCCAUUAUUGCCACGUGAACAGAAAAUAACAAGGUUUAUGAGCUUUUUGGAAUGGUUAACUUCAUACUUCAGUCUAAUUUGCAAUGACUGACCAACACUUCCAUCCAGACUGGAGUAAGAGGAACUGUCUAAAUCCACCAUGUGUGGGAUGUAUCUCAUAAAAGCACGUCUGACCUGUUGUUGAUGAGAAAUGUAUUUGUUGCCGUUGAUUUUCACAUUGGUUUUCACACCUGAACUUCCUCAGAUCAGAACAAUAACGGUGUGAAAAAAGGUCAUACUUCCUGGACGCUCUUUGACUUCAGGAUGCCCAGAAGUUUAAAGACAUAAAUAAGUUAUUAGUGUUUGUAUCGCCUCUAUAUGUAAGAAAUUUGUUUCUAUUUUAACAAAAUAAACCAAUAAAACUUCAUUUUUGCUGUAA